UUUAAAAUAAAAUUAUGUCCGCAUGUGCGGACAAACCACCCAGUACAUCAUUAUUUUGUAAGUAAAAAGGUAAAAAGUAAAAAAAAUGAUAACAUCCAAAAUAAUCUUUAAAAUAUAGAAAAUCUAAAUGUAAUUAAUGUUCUUUCAAUUAUGCAAGUGCUUUUUUGAUUACAUCUGUGAUUAUUUUUAACAUAAAAUAUGUAAAAGUAAACUUUUCAUAUGAAAUAUUAAAAAAUUAAACAAAUACGCCAUUUAAUUAUUUAUAUAUACAUAAAUGCAUUCAAAUAGAUAAAUUUGUUGAAUAAUGUUUUGAGUCUAUUAGGCUUUAGUAUUUGAGGCCCAUUAAUAAGGUUUCUAGAACACAGCUAUAUAUAUCUUGUGCCAUCUCUAUACCUAGUUAGCAGUCAUACACAGAAAAUCAGAUUUGUUUUUUUUGUAGACAUAUCUCUGUAAUUCUUCCAUCAAUAAAAAUCUCUUUACUCGUAGAAAUAGUCAAUUGGUAAACCAUAUUAAAUAUAAGUGUUUUUUUCUAUUUAUCUGAUCUGUUAAUUUGUUUUUUCUAGUAUCCGUCACAGCAAAAUCUAUACAAAGAUGAAGAAAAAUCUAAUAUAUUUCCUGGUCUUCUUGAUCUCAAUCCACAAAAUAGACUCUAUCCUACUCUUUAGGCAUUUUAAUAUUGAUAUUCAAAAUAAACUUGGAGAUAACCAAAAACUAAAGGUCUAUUGUAGAGACAAAAAUUCAUUCACCGAAGUUGAAUUUCUUCCAUUCAAGACCAUACUGGAGGUUAAAUUUAUAAUCUACCCAAAAACUUUGAUAUGGUGCAAUUUAUGGAAGGGACCUGACUAUGUGCAUCAUAUACGAUUUACUGCAUUUAUUGAGAAUUUCAUACAUGACUUUUGUGGGAGUAUGAAGCCUGAUGUGUGUUUCUGGCAAGUGCAAGAUGACGGUGUAUGGUUACGUCAUAAUCCAACUGGUAUCCUUAAGCUUAUGUAUGAAUGGGGUCAUGAAGUUUGACCUAUGAAUUUAUUUUGUAUUUUCUAAAAUAUUGUCAUUAUUUACCGAGAAUUUCUUAUUACAUUAAAAGUUUAAAACUAUAAUAAACGUAAACUAUGUUAUUGAAAAUUUU